AUGUCUCUCAAGCGCAAAGCGUCCUUCUCACGUGAAAGCUUUCAUGACCGAGCAAUGGAAGACGUUCCGCGUCAUUUGAAUAGCCGGACACGGAAGAGAUUCCGUGACGCUCGUCCUGACGAGCAAACAGUAUAUGCGAAUACAUUACGAAUACUCUACCAAGCUCAGAAAGAACCUAUAGUUUCAAACCCACCUGAUGAAUCAACACCGCCGCCAUCAAAGCCCGAGGCUCCAGAUCCACGUCAACAGACAUUGCUAAAGUUCUUCCAGCCUGCACCGGCACCAUCUUCAUUAGCGCCAGUCAAUAUGCAAUGCCACAGCACAAACAAUAACAUAAGGCAUGUCGCCAGGCCCGUCAUAAUGGAAUUUGAAACCAACCAGAGCACUACUUCAGCGAGUGGCUCAUCUACCCCUGUAUCCACUGGUAUUACGGAAAUGGACAUCAAUAUGGAUACAGAUAUAAAUAUGGACUACGCUGCACAAGGAAGAUGGGUUAUGGCAUAG